CGGCGGCGGCGGCGGCCGGACGCGACGGGCUGAGCCUCCCCCGCCGCCCCCCGGUGCCUGGGCCGGGGAUGGGGAACGUGGAGAGCGCGGACGGGGAGGCGCUGCCCCGGGGCCCAGGCGCGGCGGCGGCGGCGGCCCCGGGGAGCCCCGGGCUGCUCGCCCCGGGCAAGAUGCCGAUGCCGGAGCCCUGCGAGCUGGAGGAACGCUUCGCCUUGGUGCUGAGCUCCAUGAACCUGCCCCCGGACAAAGCCCGGCUCCUGCGCCAGUACGACAACGAGAAGAAGUGGGACCUCAUCUGCGACCAGGAGCGGUUCCAGGUGAAGAGCCCCCCCCACGCCUACAUCCAGAAGCUGCACAGCUUCCUGGAGCCGGGGGUCACGCGGAAGAAGUUCAGGAGGAGGGUGCAGGAGUCGACCAAGGUCCUGCGCGAGCUGGAGAUCAGCCUGAGGACAAACCACAUCGGGUGGGUGCGCGAGUUCCUCAACGAUGAGAACAAGGGGCUGGACGUGCUGGUGAACUACCUGUCCUUCGCCCAGUGCGCCGUCAUGUUGGAUUUUGAGGGCCUGGAAGGCUGCGAGGACGGCGCGCUGGAAAAGCUGCGCCCCUGGAGCAGGUCCAUCGAGGAUCUGCAGCACCCCAGCGCCCUGCCCGCCCCCUUCGCCAGCAGCCUUGCCCGCUCUGCCCGCCAGACUGCCCUACGCUACGGCACGCUGCCGAGCCGCAGGGCGCUGAAGAACUCGCGCCUGGUGAGCCAGAAGGAUGACGUCCACCUCUGCAUCAUGUGUCUCCGGGCCAUCAUGAACUACCAGUACGGCUUCAACCUGGUGAUGUCACAUCCCCACGCCGUCAAUGAGAUCGCCCUGAGCCUCAAUAACAAGAACCCGAGGACGAAGGCGCUGGUGCUGGAGCUGCUGGCAGCCGUCUGCCUGGUGAGGGGCGGCCACGAGAUCAUCCUCGCUGCCUUCGACAACUUCAAGGAGGUCUGCAAGGAGAAGCACCGCUUCGAGCGGCUGAUGGACUACUUCCGCAACGAGGACAGCAGCAUCGACUUCAUGGUCGCCUGCAUGCAGUUCAUCAACAUCGUGGUGCACUCAGUGGAGGACAUGAACUUCCGUGUCCAUCUCCAGUACGAGUUCACCAAGUUGGGGCUGGAGGAGUUCCUGCAGAAGUCAAGGCACACGGAGAGUGAGAAGCUGCAGGUGCAGAUCCAAGCGUACCUGGACAAUGUCUUCGAUGUGGGGGGGCUGCUGGAGGACGCUGAGACCAAGAACGUGGCCCUGGAGAAGGUGGAGGAGCUGGAGGAGCAUCUGUCCCACCUGACGGAGAAGCUGCUGGACCUGGAGAACGAGAACAUGAUGCGGGUGGCGGAGCUGGAGAAGCAGCUGCUGCAGCGGGAGAAGGAGCUGGAGGUGGUGAAGGAGACCUACGAGCACACGAGCCACCAAGUGCACACGCUGCGGCGGAUGAUCAAGGAGAAGGACGAGGCUUUCCGGCGGCGCUACGGCGCCGAGCUGCCCCCCGUGCCGGGCGCCGAGCUCCCCCCCCCGCCCGAGCCCGAGCCCCCGGAGGAGGCACUGCGGGUCCCCGUCCUGCCCCCCGUGGAGGCUGCGCCCCCCCCACCCCCCCCGCCGCCUCCCCUGCCACCCCCUGCGCCCCCACUCCCAGGCAAGUGCCCCCCCGCCCCACCGCUGCCGGGGGCUUCGCCCUCCAUCGCCCUGACCGUCGGGCUCUCGGCCAUCCGGAUCAAGAAGCCCAUCAAGACCAAGUUCCGACUGCCCGUCUUCAACUGGACGGCGCUGAAGCCCAACCAGAUCAGCGGGACGGUGUUCAGCGAGCUGGACGAUGAGCGGGUGCUGGAGGACCUUGACCUGGAGCGCUUCGAGGAGCUCUUCAAGACCAAGGCGCAAGGUCCGGCCCUCGACCUCGUCUGCGCCAAGAGCAAGGCGUCGCAGAAGGCGGCCAGCAAGGUGACGCUGCUGGAAGCCAACCGCGCCAAGAACCUGGCCAUCACCCUGCGCAAGGCGGGCCGCGGCACCGAGGAGAUCUGCCGGGCCAUCCACACGUUUGACCUGGCGACGCUGCCGGUGGACUUUGUGGAGUGCCUGAUGCGGUUCCUGCCGACGGAGGCGGAGGUGAAGGCGCUGCGGCAGUACGAGCGGGAGCGCAAGCCGCUGGAGGAGCUGGCGGACGAGGAUCGCUUCAUGCUGCAGUUCAGCAAGGUGGAGCGGCUGCCCCAGCGCAUGGCCAUCAUGGCCUUCCUCGGCAACUUCGCCGAAAACCUCCAGAUGCUGACGCCGCAGCUCAAUGCCAUCAUUGCGGCCUCGGCCUCUGUCAAGUCCUCCCAGAAGCUGAAGCACAUGUUGGAGAUCAUCUUAGCGCUGGGCAACUACAUGAACAGCAGCAAACGCGGCGCCGUCUACGGCUUCAAACUGCAGAGCCUGGACCUGCUCCUGGACACCAAAUCGACGGACAGGAAGAUGACGCUGCUGCAUUUCAUCGCGCUGACGGUGCGGGAGAAGUACCCCGAGCUGGCGACCUUCUGGCAGGAGCUGCAUUUCGUGGAGAAGGCAUCUGCAGUGUCCCUGGAGAACGUGCUGCUGGACGUGAAGGAGCUGGGCCGGGGGAUGGAGCUGCUGCGGCGGGAGUGUGGGCUGCACGAGAACAGCGUCCUGCGCGCCUUCCUGGCCACCAGCGAAGGCAAGCUGGAGCGGCUGCAGAAGGACGCACGGACGGCCGAGGAUGCCUACAACACGGUGGUGCGGUAUUUUGGCGAGAGCCCCAAGACAACCCCCCCGUCCGUCUUCUUCCCGGUCUUUGUCCGGUUCAUCCGCUCCUACAAGGAUGCGGAGCAGGAGAACGAGACACGGAAGAAGCAGGAGGAGGUGAUGCGGGAGAAGCUGCUGGCGCAGGAGGCUAAGAAGCAGGAGAAGCGGAACAAGUGGCAGCAGCAGGAGCUGAUUGCGGAGCUGCGGCGGCGCCAGGCCAAGGACCAUCGUCCCGUCUACGAGGGCAAGGACGGCACCAUCGAGGACAUCAUCACCGCGCUGAAGAGCGUCCCCUUCACGGCCCGCACCGCCAAGCGGGGCUCGCGCUUCUUCUGCGACCCGUCCCACCACGACGAGUCCAGCUGUUAGCCCCCAGCCCGCAGGUGGAUCCGCCUGUAGCCGAGUGAGGGUGCCAGGGGAAGUCUCCAUCCUGCCCCCGACACCGUGCUGGUGGGGGGGGGGGGCGGAAAAUGUCCUUGUGCCACCGUCCUCACCCAGGCUCGCAGGUGAUGUCCCUGUCCCCUGCACUGGGGUGGGGGGGGGUGUGUGUCUCGCUGCGCAGACCACCUCCCCCCCAGCCUGCCUGCAGCAGAGGCCAAAUCCACCCUCCCCCCCCCUCCAGCUGCAGUGGGGGCCCAGCGCCAGCGGCUGACCCAUGGGGUGCCCCCUCCCCAUCGCUUCCCCAUGGGGAUCACCGCCCCGGAGCCCCCAUCCCACUGCGGGGACCACAGGGACAUUCCCCCCCCCCCCGCCCCCCCCGCGCUCGUC